AGAUGCAUCAUUUGAGGUUGUGUCGUUAUGCCGCGCCGCAAAGAGCACUUGACGACAAGCCUGACCUUCACAAUGCCACUAGCCCACUCCUCGGACCACUGUUCAGGAUGAGGAAUACCAGCAAUCGUUUCGUACUUCUCGCCUGCUAACACGCCCGACGACGACAACUUCUAGUCACACGAUUCGUUCGGAUUCGGCCCUCAUGGCGACACGACCAUGCCACUUCCGUCCGUCUCCUUCCUAGCAGGGAUCGUUGUAGGCUCUUAUCUGUUCAGCUUCGUCAUCUUUGCCGUCUUACGCAUCGUGACUGGCGUUUCAAUCCAGCGCAUCGGUUUAUCUGGACUGCGACGAGUCGUUUUCUCUCCUCGACAUGGCGUGAAGGUCAGCGUUCGUGGUCUUGGGUUGUCAUUGCACCGCAAGACGUUCGCGCUUCCCACUCUUUGCAGCUUACUCGUACAAGACUUAACAGUGACUAUCGAUCUGCAGGCAUUAUCGACAGCCCCAGAGAAGCAGUCUAGCGCAUUUGAUCACCAAGACGGCAAGGCGCAUGACUCGGACGACAAGACCGAGCAAGAUGACGAGGAUGGGCACGGGCGUUUAUGGCGGAGGCUUACGCAAGCGAAAGAAAGGAUCAAGAGAAUACACAGCCAGAUCACUUGGCUACGAUUACUGGAUUUGGUGGCGACAGCUAUGACGAUCGAGGUGGUAGGCGUCGGAUCACUCCAAGUGGAGCGACUCACCCUCUCGGUAGACACCCGGAAAGAGAUUGUCGAUCGCAGCAGGCUGUUCCAGCAUCACAAGCAGCAACCAGCUACGGACAGCCCUGCCGAGUGGAAGGUACUCAUACGAAGCGUUUUGUUUAGGGCUGAAGGCUGUGAACCCACAGAGAUCCUCGACUACUGCACAGUCAACGUACAUGGGAUGCUGCAGCAGCAGCGAGAAGGUUUGCGUGAUGCAUCCAUAGCCCUUAAACUAGGUCGUCUGACUGUGCCCUGGGACGACAUUGAGCACGCAAAGCGGCGCAUCGAUAUGCUUAGAGAGACGCGCGCGCAGUCGCGACCGGCACAAGAAGCUGUAAAGGUUUCGUUUGCGGACGUGAUAGAUGAGAUGGAAGAACCAGGUAGUCGCAACCGACAAAUUGUGCGAGCUGUCUCGGAUUCACGGGCGUUUAUUGCCUCUAUUCUCCGUGGUAUCCAAGAAGUCCAAUUUGCUGUUGGUUACAUUGGCGUGUCACGGAGGCUUUCAUUUGCAACCGAAAGCAAUGGAGAUGUCUAUUUAAAUGUAGCCAUGAAGGAGCUGGGAUUAGACAUACUGCGCCUAGAUCCCAGAAGUCCAGCGCACAGAAUGUAUUUCUCGACCAAGGAUAUCGCUCAUCAGGCUUUGUUGACCGGUAUUGCAAUCUCUGCGGGCAUUGACGAUGGACCUGAGCAUCCCGAACGUAUGCUCUACAUUCCCAUGAUCACUGCCACCAUCAAGACCACCUUGCCAUCGAGAACAAUACAUUAUCUACGCGCCGACGAUCCAUCCGAGAGGAACACUAACAUACUGUACGCCAACCUUGUCUGUACGUCUCCAUCAAUCGACUUGGAUCCGAAACAUCUACCCUUGAUCCAGGAGAUGCUCAAGCAAAGGCGCGCAAGCGGUGGCCAUGGGGUACCUCGAGACAGAAAUCAUCUCAUCUCCCGACUCUUGCCCAAGGCUCACCUCAAAUUGUCCAUUCAGGAACCCGUCAUUAGGAUUUCCUUGCCGCCUAUGGAUAAAUCUAAUUCUGACGAUGGCGAUUUUGAUCUUCUGGUGUCUGCUGUUUCCUCUGUUGCGUUGGAAUGUGAAUCGUCGCAUGCAGAUGGCAAGAACCACUACAGUCUCAGUUCGUACUAUCGGCAUUCGCGACACCGCUUGUAUUACCAGACCGCAGCGGGUGAUCGAUAUGAUUUACUACGUAGUGACUUUGUGGAGGUCCAGGUGGAUGUGAACGCAGUCCCAGCAAUCUCUGUGACUGCAACUGCACGUGCACAAACCUUCACGAUCUUCCUGGUGCGCCCAGACAUUUGCAAGGGCAUCAGGCAAAUCGUGAAACAGCUGCGGAGGAGCGGUCUCGUGCGGAAUGAAAGCCACCGUAAGAAACAUAUGAAUUUCCUUCGCAGUAUGCCCAUCUGGUUAGAACGCUUCCGACUGGAAGGCUCCGACUUUGGGCUCGAGCUAGGAGGUGUCGAUAACAGCGUAUCAGAAGAUACCAGGGGCAUAGCAAUCCAGCUGGAAUCGUGGACAGUGGAAUACUCGGCACAUUAUCAGCGCGUACAAGGCGUCAAGCAUACCCGGAGGCCGACCAAUAGAUCUAUCAGCGGUCGAGACAAGCAUGCAGCACCGAUCGAAACAGAAACACUACGGAAACGAGUGGAGCCAAGCUUUGCUGACGGAAGAAGACUGGUGGUCCACCUCCAAAACGUCGAAGGCCUGAUCGUUGACUCCGUUCAAGAAUCACAAUCUGAAUCUUUCAUGUCGCUUCCUCGCUUUGAGGUCGCAUUUUCCACGUCCACAGAUGCUCAAGGUCCGAUUUUCCACGUCAAUUCGCAUGCCAAAACCAUUUUGUUGCAAUAUUCCCUCUACAACCACUUCGCAAUCGGAAUCGCAGUUCUUGCAUUGAAACGAACAUUUUUGGAGCCAGGAAGAGAUCCCGACGGAACCACAUCGGCGAGCAAUGGUCUUGAUGCAACAAUCUUGGAUGCUAAAGCCAAUGAUAUGGAAGCUCGCGAAAUCACAAGCUUUGAUUUCAAGUCAAAUCUUUUCCAGAUCAAAGCACAAAUGCCCGCCGACCCUCCGAUGAUGAUACAAGUCUACAACAUUGAAACAGGUCGCCAUCGCUGGUCGCAUCCCUUCUUCCGGGCACGGCUUGUGCGUUUAUACGUCAAAGUUCCCCGAAUGGAAGCUGCUUGGAGUCGAAUUAUUAGUGUCAAAUCACUUCGACUGGACCUGCGCGAAACCAGACGCAAGGUUGGAAAGUCAUUUGUUCCUGAGAAGCUUCUAGAGGCAACAACAGAGACGAUUCGGUUCGCGAUACCUCAUUCUCUGGUCGUCCAUAAUAUCUUCGACAACAUAACCAACGUCAUCAAAACCACCAAACAAAUGCAUCAUCACUUUGUCACCGGAAACAAUGAUAGCAUAUUGAGCAAAGAACCCGAGGCGCCCAAGAGGGUGCCCAGGAUCAUCGUUCGAGCUCAGACGUUUCUCUUCGACAUUGAAGACAGCAAUUUUGAAUGGAAGCUCGGGGCUAUCUACCGUGCCGGUCUUCUGGAGCAGAAACAAAGGUUGGCGCGCGAGGAGGCCUUUAAAUUAAAGGUAAAGCGUCUUGCACGCACGUCUCAUCGAGGGCAAACACGCAUGCGUACUCAAUCUGCGACUCCAGCCGAGCGUGCUCAUGGACAAGCUAGUGCCCCUGAAUCCGCCCAUCGACGGAGUCAGAGCGCUCAUGCUGCAGAUGGCCUAAGUCCCCCUCAUAGCCCUCGUCAGCCUAGACAUCGCAUGCGAUAUGAUGCCGGCGGGAAGAAUCAGUUUAGUGACAGCAACCGCGUGACGUUGGAUCAGGCCCGCGCCCGUCUUGAUUCUUUCAACUCUCAGUCAUGGAAGAGUCGCAUCGAUAGAGUCAUGAGUUUCCAACAUCAAGCCAUCGCCGACAUGAGGACAAUGUUUUGGGGCUCGGACGACUUGCCUGAAAAUGCGGAACAACACGAACCGAUAUUAGCCAUGAGCAAAAGACCUGGGCUUAUGUUGAUUGCCUUCACUGAACUGAACAUUGUCAUUGAUAAGCCUUCAUUCCCAGUCAUGGACUUUCCUCAAUUCCUUCACACGGUUGGUAAAGGAAUGCCAAUGGAUAUGAAAUACGGUCUAGUCAUACCCAUGAACUUGCACAUUACUAUGAGUGAAGCUCGAGUCAAGCUUCGCGAUUAUCCUCUGAUGCUCCUACAUGUACCACCCUUGAGCAGUGCUCAGUCGCAACGCCUGCCAGCGCUAUCGAUGCGGACUGAUUUCGUUAUUGCGGAGGAGUACCGAGACGCAAAAUCGCAACGUUCAGUGUGCGUAGAAGUCGUUCCGCCCAGCAAGAUGGGUGACGGUUCCGGAAAGGCCUACUCAGUCAACGUGCAAAGGACAAUCUCUGCCAUGAAGACCUAUUCAGACAUCAAAUUCGAAAUUAACACGAGUAAUCCAACCAAGCUGACAUGGUCUACCUCCUAUCAACCAGCCAUUCAAGAAGCCAUGCAGGCUAUUGAGGGGUUUACCAAGCCUCCAUUUGACCCAUCAGACAAGGUCGGAUUCUGGGACAAAGUCCGGCUUUCCUUCCACUCCAGGGUCAACGUUGCAUGGAAAGGUGACGGCGACUUUCAUUUCAUCCUCAAAGGCUCGCGUGACCCGUACGUUGUCACUGGUCAAGGGGCAGGACUCGUCAUGGUUUGGCGUAACGAUGUCAAUUGGAAAAUUGGUCAAGACCCAGACCCCCGCAAGUUUAUGCAGGUUGAGAGUGGGGAGUACAUCCUCGCUGUACCAGACCUCAGCAAUUAUGCCCGUCAAGCACAGACCGUACAUGGGCAAGACGAUAACGGAUCUUCAAUCAGCUCUGCAAGCACAAAGAAGGACGCUGUAUUUCAGAAAGUUGUUAUGAAAUUGUCCGGCGAAGUCAAUUGGUUGGUUGGCUUGAUGUUUGAGCGGGAUACCCCUAAUGGAGGCCGGACCUUUGCCUCCAAGAACCACUACGAUGUCGUUCUGAAGCAUCCCGACUUUGCUCAAGCUCCACCUGGUCAAGAAUACGAUGCAUAUCGAGGUUUCCGAAGUCAAUACAUUCACAUGUCGAUUGCAAUCGCUGCUCCGCAUGAUCGCGACUGGUCCUUGUCGAACACCAAAGCUUCGAAUAAUUACAAUUCGGUCCACCUCACGCCUCGCUUCUUCUCACAUUUCUUCAGCUGGUGGUCUAUGUUUUCUGGAAUGAUGUCUCUCCCAAUACGACAAGGUCCGUUGUGGGGAACGACAGAAAAGAAGAGCAAAAAGUUCGGCCGGCACCUCGCGACGAUGAAGUACAAUCUGCUACUCUCUCCUCUUUACGUCAGCCACGUUUACAAGCAUAAGGAUGCAGAGGAUUAUGCGUCCAACAUCGUGUCGGCCACAGGUCUGAAGAUGCGGCUCGAUAGUUUCAUGCUGGAUCUUCACCAACGCCGAGAGCACUUCGAAUUGAAAGCUCGAGAUGGCGCACGAACGAAGAAGACAAGUGCUAUCCGCAUAAACCAAGCACAGCUGGAUUUUAUUUCCGCUGACUUGCGGGCGCUUUCGGCCAGCAUAGCAGGGACGAACACCGACGCGCUAGACAAGGGCAAUGAUGAGACAUUUAUGCCACUUCACACACAAGCUCCGUCAGUGGAUAUUUCGAAAUUUGAAAUACCCGACAAUGACUUCUCUUGGAUAGACAUGGAUGAUUUCGUCGAACUAGAUUGGAUAUUGCCCACGGACUCUGACCCAGAGACCAAGAUACUUCCAUUGGGAUACGCGCCUCGGUUCACCUACUUUCGACAGACAGACCACAAGGACAAGAUUUCCAAUGAUCCAACCAGGACCAGCACUUUCGGUCAUGAACCGACCCAUUUUUGCGUCAUGUCUGCUGAUAAUGAUCCGCGAAGAGUGCAAGCUGAAUUGAUCGAAAAGCGCCUCACCCUUCUAAAAGAGAAAGAGGCUCAUAAUUCUCGCGCUGUUGGUGAGCAGGAGCUUAAAGUGGUGCGCGAGAGUUCCGAAGGUGAUAAAGCCACAAAUGAAGCCCUCCGAGCUACACUAGAAACACUCAGAGGACACAGUGAGCACCUACGCGCCAAACAUGACUUUCUACAGGACAUGCUUCAAAAAUUGCUCCAACGACUACAAGAAGCUGACCCGGCUGCUAUGCCAAACUUAGAUGCUAGCAGCAAUUUUUUUGAGGCUCACGAAGAUGCUCAAGAAGGAGACGACCCCGAUCCUCUUUCCCACGUUGACUCGAAACAACUACUCGCAGAUUACAGAAGCGACUUCAACAAUCGGUUCAUCGUGCACAAUGCUCAGAUCAAGUGGAACAACUCAUUGCGCAACAUCAUCUUGAGGUACAUUCACCAGAAUAGCCAACGCCGCGGCUUCGUGUACUACAUGUCGCGAAAAGCUAUCAAGUUUCUCCUUGACGUAGUGGAGGAAAGACGAAGUAAGGUUGAUGGAAUGACAACACCAAAGCGUCAAAAAACCCGUUCCUCGGAGUAUCCACCGAUGUCUCCGGAAGCAGACGAUGAGAUGACCAUUCAAGAUCGUAUUGACGAGCUGCUCCGCGAUGGGCGAAGCUUUGUAAACGCCGACGAGGCAACACGAGACAGCACAGACUCUGUCGAGACACCAGAGGAGCCAGCUGAAGACGUAUCGGUGGAAUUCACGCCUCUCAACACUUACCACUUCCGUCUCAUUGCCCCACAGGUACAACUGCAGAGCGACAAGCAUCCGAAGUCCGUCGUCCUCGUCACUGCCAAGGGCAUGCAGCUCAAGGUCGUGCAGAUCAUGGAGAAGGACAAAAUCGAUGACGACGUGAGCGGCUUGGUUCAGCGCCGCUUCAUGGCCACAGCUGACAGUCUACAAAUGUUUGUCGCGAGUACGAAGACUUUCUCUACUGAUCAAGUCCACUUCUACUCUGCAAACCGCUACGGUACGAAGGCUGGCACGCAUUGGCCGCCAUGGGUCCCAACGGAAGUGAUGUUCCAAUAUCAGUCUAGUCCCUAUGGGUUUGAUCGGAUCAUCCAUCGCACUUCGGCCAGCCUAAGAUAUGACAAGUACAAUCAGCUUCGUCUUAAAUACAAUGAGGAUAUUUCGGGGGGCAAUCCUCAGACCUCAGAAAGCGCCCAGGAGGCUGAAGAUCGCAUGGACCAUGUCUGGGUGAGCUUCCCUCAUUUACGAGCAAUCUGCGACUCCACACAAUACUUCGCAAUGUACGUCAUUGUCAUGGAUCUGCUGCUUUACAGCGAGCCUCUGGAAAAAACGCGCAGUGAGCGCCUCGAGAAGAUCAUGCUGGCCUCGGACUUCAGCGAUUUGACAGGAGCUCCCGAAAUGGUUUAUAUGCUGCAAGACCGCAUCCGCCAAUUAGAGGAGAUCAAGAUGCAAUUCCAAGUCAAUGAACAAUAUCUUGAUCGGCAAGGCUGGAAAGACCGCAUUGCCAUGGACCAAGACCUCGCAGGCUGUGAAGAUGAACUGUUCUUCAUGAUGAAAGCGAUUACGACUUCGCAACAGCGUAUAGAAGAUCGUCGGGAUCAAGAGAACUCGACCGGUAUUCUGCACACUCAGAUCGCCUCCAAAGAAAUCGCAUGGCAUCUUAUACGAGACAAGGGAGAGUCACUUAUGGAAGUCCAGCUAAAGAACGCCUCAUUCAAACGUACUGAUAACAGCGACGGUUCAAACUACAACGCCAUGGAAAUCGGACGCAUCAAUGGUUACAAUCUGCUCAAUGAUGCUCUGUACCCAGAAAUCAUUGCUCCUUUCACAGACAACGCCAGAGGCGGUCGUCCCUUGCACAACAUGAAAAUGCUGCGCAUCCACUGGCUCAUGCUCGAGGCUAUAGCAGGCAUUCCUGUCGUGGAUUAUUUCGAGAUCGAUGUGGUUCCACUCAAGCUACAAGUUGAACGUGAGGUCGCUAAAAAGCUUUUCGAGUAUAUAUUCCCUGGUGUUGGUGGAAAUGCAUUCGAGGGAGGCGGCUUUUCACCUUUCAUGGUCAAGAAUAUGGUACCAGAACACGAACUUGAUGUUCCUGAGCAUGCUUCAGAUCCCGCCCAGGUCAAUGGCUUCGAUGAUAUGAGUCAAUUGAAAGGACUGGCAGACCCCGACGGACCAGGCGCUUUAGAACAGAGAUUAAAGCCCACAUUAGCUUUGCAAAAUGGUCGGAAAGCAAAGGCCGAAACGAAAGGUCUCGGAAUCUCAUCUUCCAGCAACUCGUUAUCUGGCUUCUCCCUCUUCCACCACACCGAUAGGCCUCGCUCAAGCAAGGCAUCCACGCCGCGACAGAAUUUGGCGCAGGUCAAUCUCGACUCAGUGACUCGUCUUUCGAGCGACCGAUCCCUGCUCACUCUCAAGAGCGGCACUGGAAGUGGGAUAACCAUAACGGAAAAGUCGAAGCGACUGCCGCUCCAUCGCUCUGUCAGUGACGACAAAAAGAAGAAGGGCAAGGAUAAAGAUAAGGAUAAAGAGCCUAUUUCCGACGAUCUCACGCAAAUGAUGAAUCGGGCUUCCAACUACAUGACACUUGCGUUCGUCAAAAUCCCAAGUCUUGUUCUGUGUCUCUCCUAUAAAGGGCAAGGCAAACGUAACAUUGAAGAUGUACGCGAUCUCGUUUUCAGACUGCCCACAUUGGAGUAUCGUAACAAAACCUGGUCGAACCUGGACCUGGCACUACAGCUCAAAAAAGAUGUCAUCCGCGCACUGAUCGGACACGCCGGCGCUAUUGUCGGCAACAAAUUCCAAUCUCACAAGCCAAGCCGCCAACAGCAAUCUCGCCUGCGAGAACUUGUCAGCCGGAACACGUUCACCAGUCCUUUCAAUAGCGCUGUUGCUGCAGAAACGGUGCCAGCUGAGUGGGAAGACAAACAGUCAGACACGGAAAGCCUGGGAGGGAGCUUCCAGAGUUCCACCAGGCCCCGAAGCGCAAGACCUACUAGUAGCGUCAUGAGCAGGAGCCUGUAUAACGCACCGUCCUUGCGUGAAUCUGACGACAACAGUGCCGACGAAAUUGCAGAGGCCUUUCCUACUGCCGAGCAUGAUGAUCGUCGCUUGUCAUCACGGCCUUCGGCUUCGCGGACAGGAAAUGUCGCUCCAGGGAACGGCAAUAAGAUCGAGGCGAAUCGACCACGGACGGCUUCGUUUUCUCGAUUCGGUGAGCGAAUACGCUCUGCUACCAACGCGAGUGCGCCUACAGAUGACCCAGACGCAUCUGUGACACAAGACGAGACGCGACGAAAGAACAAGAUUCUUCUGAGUGGACAGAAGCUUCUCGGGCGGCUCAGAGACUAGUCUCAAUCUUGAGACUCAGCAUGAACUCGGCAUGCUAUCGGGUCGCGUUUCUUCGGUUCUGUGGUAUUUUGCCUUGUAUUUACGGGCGUUCAAAAAGGGCAUGAGCAUUUCCUGGAGUUUUCAGCGAUUGCGUUGCAGGCAAUUCGGCGCUGCGACGGCCCUUCUGGCCACACGUACAAAUACUUUGUUUUGUAGAGAAUAAUUGGACCUAGAUAAUAUGUUGGUUGUCAAUCUGGAAUGAGCGAUGUGGCGUCGGUCCACAAUCAACCCUUCCGUGGAACAAUUUUAAGCCAUAGCUGAAGUACGGUGAUCAUUGUCAAGCGCGGGCUUCAUGGUCCUCUGGAAUGUCUGUUGGCG